AUUUUAUUUACAGUUACGCUAGGUUGCAAAAGUGCCGAAGCAUAAACAAUUUCCUUUCCUUUUAUUAGAGAGCAAAGAACAACCAUCUACCUCAUAAUAUCAAACUAUGCAACUAAGAGCAAAUAACCGAUUACUUAAACUGUUUUCUACCGGAACCCGAUUUGCCAGCUCAGCAAAUACGGUACAAAAGCGAGUAUGCAUCGUUGGAGCGGGACCAGCUGGUUUUUAUGCCGCUCAAUACAUACUGAAACAUUUGGACAACUCACAGAUCGAUAUCGUAGAGAAACUACCGGUUCCUUUCGGACUGGUCAGGUUCGGUGUCGCACCAGACCACCCAGAGGUAAAAAAUGUUAUUAAUACUUUUACGAAAACAGCCGAAAAUCCUCGUGUCAGAUUCCUGGGAAACUUGACCCUGGGGAAGGAUUUUAGCAUUGAAGACUUGAGAAGCAGAUAUCAUGCCGUGCUACUGACCUAUGGAGCAGAUAAAGAUCGCAAAUUAAACAUUCCGAAUGAAACCUUGACUAAUGUACUUUCGGCACGAGAAUUUGUUGCCUGGUAUAACGGUCUGCCAGGUUUCGAAAAUCUCAAUCCGGACUUGAGUGGCCGCACCCUGACACUGCUCGGGCAGGGAAAUGUUGCUGUAGACAUAGCUCGGAUUAUCCUUUCCGGAGCAGAUGAGUUGAAGAAAACAGACAUUACAGAAUACGCUCUGGAGGUAUUAUCGCGUAGCAAUAUCAAAAAAGUGUUAUUAGUAGGCCGUAGAGGUCCAUUACAAGCAGCUUUUACCAUUAAGGAACUACGGGAAAUGCUUAAGUUACCCCGAUGUGCCACCGUCUGGAGGCCAGAAGACUUCCUAAACGUUGAGGAAUAUCUGCCCAAUCUUCAGCGACCGAGAAAACGUAUAACGGAGCUUAUGUUGAAAAGUUUGUCCGAGCAGAAAAAUUCUGAUGGCAUAUGUGGCUCAUUCUUGCCCAUAUUCCACCGCUCUCCGGUGAAAAUAAUCGGUGGUUCACGGGUACAGGCAGUAGAAUAUGUGGUUAAUAAACUAGUUGAGAGCAAAGCCGUUCCCACUAAUGAAAAUGAGACGAUUGAAACCGAUCUCGUGUGCCGCAGCAUUGGCUAUAUGUCUACGAAUGCGGACAAAAGUUUAAAUUUUGACGAUCGCAACGGACACGUAUGUAACGCGGCUGGACGCGUCCUAAAGAAAUCACUGACCGGAAGCGAUCAAACUAUCGAUGAUAUCGAGGAUAAAUACGAAAAGGGACUUUACGUCUCUGGUUGGUUGGCAACUGGACCAACUGGAGUUAUUUUAACAACGAUGAAUGGUUCGUUUGGUGUGGCAAAUUCGAUUUGUAAGGAUUUCCACAACAAUGUCAUUCGAGCGAGCGAGUCUAAGCCGGGCUUAGAUUUAAACGGUCGACGAGUGGUAACCUGGGCUGGCUGGCAAGCGAUAGAUAAGGAAGAAUGCCGAAGAGGAACACAACAAGGUAAGCCCCGCGAAAAAAUAGUUUCACUAGAUGAAAUGUUGCGAAUAGCAGAUGGAAAAUAAGCGGAAAAGUUUUGCUAACGAUAAUAUAUUUUGAUUUAUAUAGAGUAUAUUUUUGUUUAUCGGCUUCAAGUCAAAUGGGAUAUAAUUU